AUGGCUGACGAUUUUAUUAUGACGAUUCCCGAUGAAGGAGAGGAGGAGAACAUGGUCUUUAAAGAAGAGUCUUCCUCGGAAAGCGAGAACGAAGUGCAAGAAACAAAGGGAAAGGACUUCACCAAGGGUUUUGUGUUUGAUGCGGAUAAUUCGGGGGAUGAAAGUGAACAAGAGGACGUCCACGUCGAACGUAAACUUGGUAACGACAAGAACUCGAAAAUUCGCAAACUCGACGAACGUAUUCGCAAGAAGCGAGAAGAGUAUUUAAAUCGUCGUAAACAAGAAGGAAGCAAGGACAAGGAUGAAUCUGGCGAUGAAGAUGAAGAUGCAGAGGAAGAAAUCAAUGGAAAGACCGGAGAGGAAGAGGACAAGGGGGAUGAUGUGAUCCGCAGCGUUCAGAGCGUGAAAGGAAAACCUUCCAAGCUUCCAUCCAAUGAAGAGUUUUGGGCCGAGGAGUCUCAACCAUCAUCAUCAUCAUCUUCAUCUUCAUCAUCGGCAACCCUUGCUCGUUCGUUCAACCAGCUGCGUCUCUCGCGCCCUCUCCUCCGAGCCGUCAACGAAAUGGGCUUCACGACACCGACUCCGAUCCAAGCUCGCUGCAUCCCUCUCGCUCUCGCUGGCAAAGACAUCUGCGCAGCAGCCAAGACCGGUAGUGGCAAGACCGCCGCAUAUCUGCUCCCGAUCCUCGAGCGAUUGCUUUAUAAAAACAACGCGCAGAACUUGAUUCGCGUGCUCAUCGUCGCUCCCACGCGCGAACUGGCCCAGCAAGUGCACACCAUCGCCACGAAGCUCACCAAGUACACAUCGAUCACAUGCUGCUUGGUGGUGGGCGGGUUGCCGCUGCAGGCGCAGGCCGUGGACCUGCAGAGGCGUCCGGACAUCGUGGUGUGCACGCCGGGGCGCAUGAUCGACCACGUGCAUAACUCGAUGAGCGUGGACCUGGACGACGUGGAAGUGGUGAUUUUAGACGAAGCCGACCGCCUGCUGGAGCUGGGAUUCACCGAGGAGCUGCACGAGCUGCUUCGGCUGUGCCCGGUGAAGCGGCAGACGCUGCUGUUCUCCGCGACGAUGACGGACGACGUGUCGGAUUUGAUCAGUCUGUCGCUGCAGAAGCCGGUGCGCGUGUUCGUGGAUCCGGUGAAUCAAGUCGUCGAUCGCUUGGUGCAGUUCAUCCGCGUGAAGGACGAGUCGCUCCGCACGGCGAUGCUGCUCUCGAUCAUCACGCGUCACUUCAAGACCGAGACGAUCAUCUUCGCCGAGCGGAAGGCCGAGGCGCAUCUUCUCCACAUCAUUCUCGGCCUCCUGGGCCUCAAAUCCGCGGAGCUCCACGGAAACCUCAACCAGACGCAGCGUCUCCGCGCACUGGAUCGCUUCUCGAAGAAGGAAGUGGACUUUUUGAUCGCGACGGACGUCGCAGCGCGCGGGUUGGACAUCAAAGGCGUGCAGACGGUCAUCAAUCUGCACAUGCCGAAGGAGGAGGCGACGUAUAUUCACCGCGUGGGUCGUACGGCGCGUGCUGGACACGCGGGACGCGCGGUGACGUUCGUGGAGGAGGAUCGGCGCUUGCUGAUGAAGAAGCUGGUGAAGCAAGCCGUGGAGGCCAAGCAGCAGAUUAAAACGCGGUCUGUGAAUAAGGAGUCGGUGGCGAAGUUUGCCGCGCAGUUGGAGGAUUUGAAGAAGGAAAUCGACGAGAUUUUGGAGGAAGAGAAAGUGGAGAAGGAGAUUGAGAGAGCGACGAUGGAGGCGACGCGGGCGGAUAAUCUCAUUAAGCACGGAAACGAAAUUAAGGCGAGAAAGAAGCGAACCUGGUUCCAAUCGGAGAAGGAAAAGAAAACGACGCGAAUGAAGGAUCUUGCUUCAAAGAAGGCUAAGAAUAAUAUGUGAUUUAGUU